UGAAGGGGGAGAAACUGGGUGACGAACACAUCUGAUAUAAACACUUCACAUUCGGGGCUUCAUCAUGCAUGUGUUCGGGAUGUGGCGUGUGCUGUGUGUGCUUGGCUUUUUUGGAGCAUCCUUGUGUGUGAAUGAAGUUGAGUUUGAAGGGAACUUCGCAGACAGCUACGACAACGAAAUCUCUCAGGAUCAGCAAGAGGAAGAAUCUCCAGCUACGCCAUGCCAGCAUGCAGGUUUCUCCCGCUGGGAUAAGCUCUUCAUCGCUCUGGAAGACUCCCACAUGAGGCAGAACAUGUUGCUGCAGUCUCUGGAGCAAUGCUGUGGAGGAAUGGCGUCUCUCAGGACCCAGGUGGACAAACUGGGUAAGGGGACAUGUCAUCAGUGCCGACCCAGCCUGGAGUCAGCAUGCAAGGCACAAGCUGAGCAGGCGAGUGUCAAGCUUCAACAUGGCUUGCUGAAACUCCACAGUGAGGCAGAAGAGAGGGAGAGGAGGUUAAACGAUACCUUGCACCAACUCAUGCACAUCGGCCAUGACGGUAAUGCCCGGUUGAAGCGACUUGAGGAAAAUAGAAGCCAACCAACACCGAGACCCGGGGGUUUAGGGGCAUUAGCAUUUGGCCUGGGGAUAAAGCCAUUCACGUCAGGAGUGCAAGAGCAGGAAGUUACUCCACCAAUGGACACGGCCACAAUGGAAAGGGCCCUGGUUGCCAUAGCAACAGAGCUUCAGAAGGUUCACCUGCAGCUGAGCAGCGUGAUCGAGCGGGCGGGAUCACUGAGGAAGGAAAGAGGGGACACAUGAUUGGCCCAGAGGGGGGAAACGAAAUUACAAAAUAAGACUGGGGACGCUCCAGUGCUAAUGCUUUUGCACAUGCUUGUUUUUUAAUGUUUGAUUUUUAUGUAAGCUUGUUUUCGUCUGAUGACAAUGAAUCUAAAUGUACCAUAAAUGUAGUGGGUUUACAAUAAAGAAUAAAAGCGAAUUAAACAAUCUAA